CCCGAAGCCCCGCGCCAUCAUCGAUUCAUCGCGGUCGCCCGCUCUUCCCUUGCGCCCGCUGCCCCCCUCCUCCUCGGCUUUCGGCGAACGCGACGGUGGUAGUGGCGGUGCGGGUGGCGCCCAGAAUCGCACGUUUUCGAAGCCCGAGCGAUCAGCCAACCUCCCACCCCAACCCAGUGCCAGAAAUAGAUGGGAGGAAUCGCCUCUGGUUCGCGCUCCCAUUCCCCUCCGCCCCCUUCCCCCCGCGCGCUCCGCUGCUGGCAUCGCGCCUCCGCACGCACGCGCUUCAGGCGGACUUCACCGCACCGGGUCCCAGCUGUUCCCCCGCGGCCGCAAGGCGAUCGGUGAGCGGCCCGCAUUCCCCUCCGCCCCCGCCUCCUACCGCGGGCUCGCUGCUGGUAUCGCGCGCCUCCGCACUCGAGGCGGACCGCACUGCACCGGGACCCGGCUGUUUCCCCGAGGCGGAGAGGCAACCGGCGAGCGGCCCAAGGGAGGGAGACACCUCCAACACGCCCGCCUCGGGCCGCCGCCCGACCCGGUUCCCCCCCCGCUGAUCGAAGGCUGCAGCGUUGCGGUGGUCGCGGGACUCAUGGCUGCCACAUUAAAAAUUGUAGUAGGCUCCCAUAUAUGGCUGGAGGAUAAAUAUUUAGCUUGGAUUGAUGGCGAUUCCAAAUUGAAGAUUGAAAUGCCCAUGUCCGUGCUACCAAUGGAAAGACGGUUUACGAAACAAUGUCCUACUCUGUUUAUUUUGCAGUUCCAUCAAUUUUGGUCCAUAAAUUGCUUACCCAAAUAUUUUAUAUGGUCAACGUUCAAUUAUUUAACAGGCUCCUCUUGCGGCGUGAGUGCUGUUCCUUCAGCAACGGGCAAUACAUCAGAGCUGGACUAACCCAACUUAAACUUCGGUGCGAUGAUGUCACUCGAGAGUUUGCAGAUUCUGCAUGUGUAGCACUGAGGCAUAUAAGGCAAGCUGUUGAUUUCCUGGUAUUUUCUCUGAAGCCAAUAAGGACGUGGGAAGAGAUACGCAAUGAUGCGAGAGAACAAGCUUCUUUGCAAAACUACUUCAUACUAUAUUACUUGCCGGUUGGCCGGGAAGUGUUAUUGGCUUUGACCAAGAAUCUUGUAUCGUUUUCCUUAACUACGUAUUUCAUAAUCAUUUCACUAUUUGUUCAGGCUCUGAGCUUGCAGCAGCUAGAACGGAUAGUUGGCAUGUAUUGGGACGAUUUGAACGGCACAAACGUUACUUCAACCGAGUUUAUAUCAAGCAUGAGAGCUACCAUGCAUGAGGAAUCAAAUAGCGUCUCCAGCUUUUCAGUCCUUCUGGAUGAUGAUUCCAGGUUUUAAGCAUACCUUCUCCGCUUGAAGGUAUUGCAAAGUCGAUGCCAGAGCCAGACAUCGAGGAGACGUGAGAGAAUGACCUGCUGCCUUUUAGCCGUGAGAACCAAAGCUUUGCGUUUAUAUUGCAUGUUAAGCUAUGCGUAGCUCUCUCUUCACGGAGCCUUCACCGGCCAACCAGUAGUGCCUGCCUCACUGUACUGUGUGUACGUUACAGUGUGAUUCCCGUUUUGUAGCAGAAUGCAAGCCUAAGGAGUUUAUGCAUUUGAAUUUCUAGGCUUUUGAGUUGAUAGAUUUGUUAAGUAGUAAUCAUUACAGUCAUAAAUACUAGACCUUUUGGAUAAGAUUUGAUUAAACUUUUGAAA